AUGGCUUCUGGACUCAAACUGUUGAUCAGCCUUGGGAAUAUCAACCAAUCACAUCAAGCAUAUUCCCAUGAUGAGAUUGUUAAGAAGCCAAUAUACAAUUUCAGCAAUUCAAGAUCAGAUGUAGUUGUGAUCAAUGGUGACAUAAGAAUCCAUGGCAAAUCAUCCACCAUCUUCAUAGCCUCAAGCUCAGAGAGGGGCCUCCAUUCUUGGACCUUAAUGCCUUAUCCUCGGAAAGCAGAUGUUUCUGCAAUGCAGCGUGUCCGGAAUUGGACCAUGAAAUUUCAGGUGGCCGCAAAACUUCCAGAUUGCAUUCGAAAGUUCAGCAUCCCGGCUGUUCUAUUCUCCACCGGUGGAUUCUCCGGCAACCCUUACCAUGACUUCAGUGACUUGCUCAUUCCACUCUACUUGACCGCCCGACCGUUCAAUCAAACGCUGCUCUUUCUUGUAACUGACAGCCAUCGUUCCUGGAUUUCCAAGUUCAAACCAAUACUAGAAAGACUUUCGAAACAUGAUGUCAUAAACAUUGACAAAAGAGACCAAGUUCUAUGCUUUGCAAGAACGACAAUUGGACUGAAAGCCCAUGAUGAAGAGCUUAGUCUUAAUCCUUCCCAAUUCCCAUACUAUUCAAUCAAGCACUUCAGACAGUUCCUGCAAACCACAUACUCCUUAGAGAGAACAUCGAUAAACGACAGGUUAAGAAGUACUAGGCCUCGGAUGCUUAUCAUUUCCCGAAAAAACACUCGGGUUUUCAAGAAUGAAGGAGAAGUAGCUAAACUGGGCAAGAACUUGGGAUUUGAUGUUGUGGUGGGAGAUAUUCCAUGCAACAUGGGCAUAGUUGCAAAAUUUGUCAACUCUUUGGACGUGAUGGUGGGAGUGCAUGGAGCUGGGCUUACCAACAUGGUUUUCCUUCCUGACAAUGCAGUCCUGAUCCAGAUCAUACCCUUGGGGUUGGAGUCAUCGGCCAAACGUUACUACGAAUUUCCGACAAAAGAAAUGACAUUGAGGUACUUAGGGUACAAGGUGAGUGUGAAUGAGAGCUCUUUGUUUGGGAAAUAUCCAGCUGAUAGUGAAGUGUACAGAGAUCCUGGUGCAGUUAGAAGCAGAGGGUAUCUUCGUUUUCGAUCUAUAUAUAUGGAUAAUCAAGACGUAAAUAUUGAUCUUGCUAGAUUUAAGGACACCCUUUUAAACGCCUUACAGCUUGUCCGAAAUUAA